AGCUACCGCACCCAAACACAAUAUAUUGUGAGGCCUGGUGUUGGUAGUGGAUAUUGGCGUCUGAGCGGUGGGAGCUGGGCCAUCGGGGCAGAGGACACCAUUUUCAUAGCUGGGAUCGCGGCCAAAGGGGGCGAGGACAGCAGUGCAUAGCUGGUGCGGUGGCCAUUGCGGGGACCGGGACAGCAGGGUUUAUAGCUGGGACAGCACUUCGAGGCUGGGACAGCAGGGAGGGUUUAGAGUUUAGUUUGAUAUAUGUCUGGAACGGAGGAGGACGCAACUCUGAGCGCGUGGUGGAAUGAGGCGCUACGAGCUAUAGAUGUUGCCAAGGCUGAGACGAAGGAGGCCAAGGCUGAGACGAAGGAGGCCAAAGCUGAGACGGAGGAGCUUAGGGCAGCACAGCGGCGCAGCUCAGGAGGCGACGGUCUAGUUGCUCCUGGAGGGGCUUCAUCUGCACCGGUGAGGCCAAUGUGGCCAGGCGGGGUGAGUCAUGAUGGCGGUACUGGGGUGCCGGGCUUGCCUCUGGGAGGUACAAUUGUCAGAACUCCUGUGCCUAGAAUCCCGUUUAAUUGCACCGCCGACACCUUUCUCAGUUGGCGGAGACUCUUUCUGGCCUACGUGAACAACCAUAAUCUCCAGCACACAAUCUUUGGCAGUGCUGAGGUUCCCGUUGUCAGUUGUGAGAAUGAAGGGUGCUUGACACGCCAGUAUGGUGUACAGCUGGUUGUUGAGCACAAGAGGAAAACAUGGAGUUUUGUCUUGGAGGCAGGGGAGGGGGGCCCAUUUGAGAACAACCUGUACUCUUGCCAUUCCGUGGCAGAGGCGUGGAGGAUGAUGGAGGAUUGGUAUUUGCCGAACCACCCAGCUGAUUGUCAGCUCCUCGUCGCCGAGCUAGAAGAUAUAACCAUGAGUGAUGAUGAGGACCCCAAGCUUUUCUUCUCGCGCGUCGCACAACUGGAGACCAAGUUACGGGCUGUGGGCAUUGCUAAGAGUGACCAGGAAGUUGUGCAGAUCCUUGUGCGCCAACUCCCCGCACGCUACGAUGUCGAGAAGCGCACUUGUCUUUGCAAGCGUGAUUCAACCCGCGCUGAGUUGCAGGACGUCGUGCGUGGUCGAUAUGCCACGCUCAAGGCCAGCGAGAUGAGGGAGCGAGGGUCGGCAGCUUCGACGCCGGCGGUUUCUGUCAACCCCCAUGCUCUUGUUGUGGGCCGUGGUUUUGGACACGGCGGCAACGCGGGGAGCGGGGGGGGCGGAGGCCAACGGCGGAAUGGCAACAACGGCGACGGCCGCGGGCAACACUGGUCCUCUGGGGGCGGUGUUGUCCAACAGCAACAGCCGCAGUUGCAGGUGCAGCAGUACCGGCAGCCGCAACAGCCGCAGCGGCAGAUGCAACAGUCGUACCCACAGCCGCAGCAGCAGAUACGACAGCAACAGCCGUACCAACAGCAGUCGCAGAUGCAGCCGUACAGGUAGUCGCAGCAGCAGCCGCAGCAGCAGCGGCAGCAGCAACAGCCCGCUUUGAACGGUGUUGGUGGCAUCUGCGAUUGCGGUAGUAAAGCCGUGUAUCAUCAGCCGGAAUCACUACCUCCACCUGGCGCGCCGAUGGGCACAGGGCACAGAUGCGGCCGCCGGGGAAGGCACGGUCACCAUGCCAUAGAUUGCGCCGCCCCCCGCAGGUUCGAGGGCACGUGCGGUGCAUGCGGCCAGUAUGGUCACAUGUGGCGCAACUGUGCCAAGAGCAACCGGCACCCCCACCUCAACGUCGUCACUUCUGCUGGUGCCCUCGGUCCGGAGUACGCGUACACCACCGCGGAUACAUCGGCCGUCCAAUUUCGUGAUGUCCCGGCGGCCGAUGGCGUAUACUACAGUGACACCAUGCUGGCCGGCGCUGGUGGCGGCGGCAACGGUGGUGGUGCUGCUGGCGGUGGCGGCAGCGGCGGUGGCAAUGGCGGUGGUGGCGGUGGAGUGAUCGUACAGCAGCAGGUCGUGACACCGGGCGAACCCAACUUUGAUUUUGUCGACAUUUUCCACGGCAGCGGCGGCGUGGAAGGUGAAAAUGGCGGCGGCAGCGGUGGUAGUGACGCGGCGGGAGCGGGCCCUGAGGCGCUUGGCAACGGCGAGGGUACCUUCGGUGGCGGUCUCUUCGCGAUGCACCUUGUCUGUUCCGUUACCUCAUCCCCCCCCGUGCGCGAACCAUCCGACCUUU